UACGUGAGCGGAUCGCUUCCGUUGCCGGACGAAUCGGCUGAAUUUUAUGAAAACGAAGGCGCUGGUCACUGUGGACCUCAUUUUGUCUAUGGCAGUGUUACAGAAACUCAGCGAGCUCCCAGUGACAAUUGCGAUAAUGCUUUGAUUGUUCAUGUUGUGGAUGAUAGUGGAUCAUUUGGCCGUGGCGGAGUAUUCGAUGCAUUGAGAGUGAAAAGUCAACAAGUUGUUGAUGUGUACGAGUUAGCCGGGAAAAUGGGUGAUUUGCAUGUUGGCGAUGCACACCUGGUUAAGAAUAUUGCCGAAGAGUUGCCGAUAACUCCUUUGCGACAAGGAAGUAGUUUUCGAAACACGGGUGAUGAUGAUGAUGAUGAUGAUGAGCCAACAACUUCCAGGCAGCAUAGCAAAUGGAAAGUUUCGGCUGUUUUGCUGGUAGCACAGCACUAUCGUAAACGAGAUGAAAUAAGCCAAGAUGUGCUGGCAAAAUGUCUUCGAAAACUUGCUUCAUACGCGAUAGAUUCGGGUGCUCGAAGUAUACAUAUGCCACGUAUUGGAUACGAUAAGCGAAAUAUCAGCUGGUAUGCCAUCGAACGGCUAAUUUGCCGAAUUUUGGUCGCCCGGGGUAUUCACACUUACAUUUAUUAUUUCAACCGCAGAGCCAGUACCAGUGCUGCUUCGGAUAUCACGCCUGGUAAGUUGUAG